AGAUCCCUGUCUUUCAGCUCUGCCAACUCAGCAGAGGGGGAUUCUUAUUGAAAUGGAGAUAAACUCCACCCCAGCCUCCUCACAGCAGACUACAGGCUUUUCUGUCUGCCUCAACUUGUUGCCUUUCCACACUUGAGAGAGACUUUUCCUUCAGUACCAGGUCUUCUUUCUGCGUGGGAUACCUCAUCAGUAGGGUCAUCAUGGACGAGACUGGGGAUGUGAGCCAGCCUGUUGUGAAUGAAAAGACUGGAACGUGUUCCUUGUGUUCGUGUCUUGAAAGUUGUUCCUUGUGUUCGUGUCUUGAAGGUAUUCAGAAUUGGGAGUCCGAUGGGAGAUAUCCAACAAGGGAUUCAAAUUCAAAUUCUUUUUUAAAAGCUCAGCAAAUUUUUUUCCAUGAGCAGUGCCCAAAUUGUGAUGAUAUCCCAAAUGAUUUGCUCUGUAGGUUUUGCAAACAUCUAAGGCUGCGGCACCUGAAUAAUCACAUGACUCAACACAUCGAACAACUUGUGUUGAACUUUGGUACGGUUCAGGACAUACAGCAGCGGUCUGGCAAUUGUGCAUUUUGCAGCAUUGUUAUCCAAGAAGGGUGCUUGAAGGGUUGCAACGAGUAUUCGAAUUUGAUUAUGCGAAUUGAUAAUGCAACUCCAUACAAGGAUAUACACUUGGAGUUCAACUUCUACGAGCAAGGUAUUGCAAGGCUUCUCGCUAAAGACUAUGCUAAAUGCAUUGGUGGGAUUUUUGACAACACCAAACGGACAAUAUGGCAGCAGCCGAUGGUAGACUGGAGCACAGUCCGCAUCUGGCUAGAAAAUUGCGACAGAGAGCAUGGAAGCUCAUGCCACAAUGGACUCCUAAACUCACCGCCACACGAAUUCCGACUUAUUGACACGGAAAGAGGAUGCGUAGUAAUGGCUCCUCCUUCCUGCAGGUAUGCUACCCUGAGCUACGUGUGGGGUAGCACUACUGAUGAAAAUGCACUGGCAACAAAAAGCACCAUCAAAAUGCUGGAGGAAGAGGGUUACCUUUUUAAAACCCCUAUACCGGUGACAUUUAAGGAUAGCAUCUGUGCGUGCAUUGAAUUGAGGAUACGGUACCUCUGGAUCGACAGACUGUGCAUUGUGCAAGAUGACACUACCACCGUGAAAGCCUCACAGAUCAAUGCCAUGGGCGACAUAUAUGGCCAUUCUUAUCUCACCUUGGUGGAUUUAGAAGGCGUCACCAUGGAUCAUGGUCUUCCCGGGGUUUCGCAAGCAAGAGCAAGCCAUACUACUCAUAAGGCAUGCGGACUGAGCAUGAGAGCCAUGGAAGAUAAUUUCACUACGCUUGUCAAAAAAUCAAAAUGGAGAUCCCGAGGCUGGACGUUCCAGGAGGCAAUGCUAUCGACAAGGAUGUUGUUCUUUACAGAUACAGGUGUAUUUUUCGAGUGCUCCCAAGCUUCUCAGGAAGAUAGAUUUGCACUGUCGACGUCAACGCGGUUACAGUUCGCACCGGCCACAACAUACGAUAAACUUGUGUUCGAACUUUCAUCCAGAUCUUUUACUAUCAACUCUGAUGUCCUCAGGGCAUUUUCUGGCAUCAUGCAUUGGAAAUAUGGGACGGAGCAUUACUUUGGCCUACCAUAUUGUGAAUUUGUGAGGGGUAUGCUCUGGUGUCCCUGGGAUAUAUUUGCUUAUGAAACACCUGUGGCCAGGCGUACAGAUACAGGGGAUAUUUUUCCGACCUGGUCAUGGUCUUCUGUAAUGGAGCCCGUUUACUUGGAUUCAUACAACCGCAUCCAUACAUCAUUACUGGGUGUAUGGGGUACUCCAUCUUCCAGGACUAACGAAACGGUGCACAUAAUUUGGCCUCAUAAUCAACAACUGUCACGGGACGAGGAGGACGGCUGGGCUCGAGAACUUGGUUUCGCAUUGGCGUGGAAGGAGGGUUGCUUUCCAAAACCAUUACCGUCAAUGCUGAAUGUCAGCACCACCUGGAAAGAGUAUCGGGCCCUUCUCAGAUCCGGAUGGGCAUCAUUCGAUAAGCUUAACGAGGAGGCGCUUGGGUUAGCCUAUUUGCAUGGGGAGGAGGAGAUCGAAAAGAUAUUUUCCUCGUCUUGCAUGGAACAUGCCAAUCAGCCGGGGGCAUUGUUGGGGCAUACCCAGUCACUUGAAGCUCGAAUGAUCCAGUGGGGAGACAAAAAAAACAAAUUCGUUUUUGGAAGGUUUGUACAGGUAAUAUUGCACGGCAUGCGUGAUGACAGGGUAAACAUGUGGAUUAACUCUAACCCUGCCCAUUGGCAAUUUCUGGACCAUGAUUACAGCACGGAUCAUGAUACCAAAUUGAAUGUGCUUGCUCUUUCAAUGAGCCAUGUGGACGACAUCCUAUUCGAACAUGAACAUCGAGGCAAACAGGGUCGAUGGUAUGAUUCCGAGGAAAGCAUACUCUGCUCCUCCUGUGGCCUAGAUUUCAUUUUUCUGGUCGAUGUAUUGAUUGUCGAAACUCGAGAUGGACUCAGUCGACGAGUGACUACAGGGUUGGUCGAGCUUCAUGACUGGAUUUCUGCGUCGCCUGAAUUUCGGAACUUCACUCUUGUUUAGAAGUCUGGAG